AUGGAACGUAUUCUUCUGGCUGCUGAUUAUCCUAAUCUAACUGAACUUAAACUCUUUAAUUUUAACGGCAAAAUUGUUUCACAUUAUUUUACAGUUGAAUCACCAUUUCGACGUAUUUUUCAACGACAAAUUACCGAUCUUAUUCUUGUAUUCGAAAACGAUUUUAAUGAAUUAUCAGUUAAACAUUAUACAACAGAUGUCUAUGGAUAUAUUUUGAAAUUCUUCGAAAAUUUAAAACAUUUAUCUAUUAUUGGAUCAUUUCCCCAUUUUUUUCCACCUUUGGUACUUCGUAAUUUAACUUUAAUUACCUUCUUCUCUUCAAUUCUUUACAAAUUAUGUAUUCAUGUCGGGAAUUUCUUAGAUUUUCUUGCUUUACUUGAUGGUCGCCUUCAACAAUUAACUACCUUGAUUGUUGCUAUUGGUGAUAUGGCAUAUCAUUCAUCGAAUGUUUACAAUAUGGUAAGUUUAUUUUAUAAAAAUUAA